CAAAGCAAAUAUCAGAAAUGGCAGAGACAGCACCAUCCGCUGUUGGACAGUCCAAGUCCCCGGGAAAAGCAAAGAAGAAGCCGGCGAGCAAAGGUCAGAGGAGCGAUGGGCCCAGCAUUCCCAAGAUGAUCCUCGAGGUGAUGGCUGAGUCCAAGGACCGAAAAGGCACCUCGGCGGCCGCGCUCAAGAAGGCUCUGGGGGUUAAAGGCUUGGACGUGGCCAAGUGCAACAAACGUAUCAACACCGCCCUCGUUCGAGUGGUGGAAAAAGGCGCUCUGGUACAAACAAAGGGAUCCGGCGCUUCUGGUUCCUUCAAGCUGGCUAAGAAGGAAGCGGCUGCCAAGCCUAAGGCAGACAAGAAGAAGAAGACAUCCGCUGGCCAGAAGCCUGCCAAGAAAGUGAUAAAGCCUAAAAAGGCUGGAGCAGCAGCGUCACCCGCCAAGAAGAAGAACCCUAAGAAUUUUAAGAGGGUUGCGAACAAGUCUACUCCGAAGAAGUCCAAACCAGCAAGCAGUCCCAGCAAGACAGCAGCAAAAGCAAAACCAAAAGCCAAACCGGCCAAGAUGGUGGCUAAGAAAACUAAUAAAACUACUAAUACGACCAAGGCCAAAGCGACCAAGAAGCCAGCGCCCAAGAAGACGAAGAAGUGAGCCAGUGGACUUUUACAAACCCUCAACCAACCAAAGGCUCUUUUAAGAGCCAAUACUUACACUCAAGAGUAAUUCCUUAUUUCUUUAUCUUAUUACUAUUAUGAAGAUGGGAAAAAAAAAUAUGGUUGCAAAUACAAAUGUGGUUCUCACUUGCAGCAGUUGCUGUUGUCGAUAUCUGUAAAAUUGAAUUCUGGCUAGUUAGAAUGAAAUUGUAGAUCUCAAACAGGAGCUGCAGAUAGUGGAUAUUGGCAGCUGAAUAGUGGAUAUCUAUAAUUAGAAACCCCAUACACAUGAAGUUCAAAAAGUGAAGUCAUGUGUCCUGAAAUGAGAAAUGAAGUCGCAGAUGUCUAAUUCAGUUUUGACUGGACAAAAAAACUCAAUUAUUUCGAUUUGUCAACUCGACUACAAUUACAUCACAGAGAUUGUGAAUGUAAAUUUCAACGAUUCAAAAUAUAAUUAGAACUAGUCAGACGAGUUGAUAUCUAUCAUGUUAAUUCGUGAGUGUCAAGCCUACCGUU